CGUGCAUUGGCACACCGUCGCAGACUUGGUCUGGAGUAUUGCGGUGCCUGUCAGCGACCUGCCUGACAGCCGCGCACCUACCGGAGGAGGAGGAGGAAGCCACGCGGGGACUGUCUAAAACCAGACAACUCGUCUACUGUCUGAAACUACAGUGAUUCCUCUUGUUUGGUCUGCUGUCUAUAUGAGAGUGUCAGGGUUACACAGGAGCGUCGGCUGAGCAAACAAGAUGCAGAUUACCCUGGUGGCACAGGAAAGGCGUCUCUGACCAGGUUCACCGCAAAGCUCUAGAAAAUGCCCGGGGCAGGAGGAAACAUCUAACCAUAGGCCUCCAUUCUGAGUCUCAUCUGGUUGCUGUGCAUCGGUAAAUGCCGACCCCCUGACCUGACACAAAGAAACUCCAUUAUCCUCCGAAAAUGAUUACCCUACGGCUUUUGGAGUGGACCAUAGAUGUUCUUUUUGAGAACCCUGAAAAAGAGCCUGUUUCUCUGUUUGUUUGAGCUCCAGUUCCUGACAGUCUGACUUUUUCACACCCUUAUCUAAGCUGUCAAGGAGGAGGAUUCCCCCAACUUAGCCAAACGACACAGAGAAGAGACAGUUCUGGAAAAGGAGGGCGAGAGCGAGGGAGAGGGAAGGAAGGAGUGGCGAAAUGAAACGCGAGGGAGUGAGCCUACGUAACUCAGAGACUGAGUGACUCCCCGUAACCAAGGAGGAAGGUAGCAACGCAUCGCAACACCACUCUCGCACGCCCACGGAGCCGUCUGAAGAGAGAGGGGAGGCAGACACUCUACUCACAGGGACCGAGCCGUGCCCCGCAGGCAGAGCCGAGCGCCCACGGUUGGUGAGGGCUGUCUGGGCAGAGAGGACGACCGCCUGGCCUUGCCCGCCUCCUCCAGAGUGGACGGCACCAAACGUUAGACAGGCAAACGGGAGGUCUGUCGACCGUACGGAGGGACUUCUCUUAAUUGCUUCUACCUCCGGUCGGAGGUCCAUAUUUGCAUGUGUUUGGUGGAGGAGGAGGCUGGAGGGUUGUAAAGGGGGCUUCUCUUUGCACCGAGGUGGAGUGGGAGGGGUGCGGGUUUCGCGUGCAGUGUGAGCUGAACUAACAACCGCCAUGGGUAAAUCCAACAGCAAGCUCAAACCAGAGGUGGUGGAGGAACUGACCAGGAAGACCUACUUUACAGAGAAAGAAGUGCAACAGUGGUACAAGGGCUUCAUCAAGGACUGCCCCAGUGGUCAGUUAGAUGCUGUGGGCUUCCAGAAGAUCUACAAGCAGUUCUUCCCUUUCGGAGACCCCACCAAGUUCGCUUUGUUUGUCUUCAACGUGUUUGAUGAGAACAAGGACGGACGCAUCGAGUUCUCCGAGUUCAUCCAGGCCCUGUCGGUCACCUCGAGAGGGACACUGGACGAGAAGCUGAGAUGGGCGUUUAAACUGUAUGACCUGGACAACGAUGGCUUCAUCACGAGAGACGAGAUGUUGAACAUUGUAGACGCCAUUUAUCAGAUGGUGGGAAACACGGUCGAGCUUCCAGAAGAGGAGAACACGCCUGAGAAGAGAGUCGAUCGCAUUUUUGCCAUGAUGGACAAGAAUGCCGAUGGGAAGCUGACUCUGCAGGAGUUCCAGGAGGGAUCGAAGGCUGACCCCUCCAUUGUACAAGCUCUGUCUCUCUACGACGGCCUGGUGUAGAGCUGGAAGAUGGUCCAGUCUGGCACCAGCAGACCUGUAGCUGUGGAGGACAUCCCCCCCUCCCUCCCCCCUCUACAGCCUCUGGUAGCAGACAAGGGGGGGGGGUGGGGGGGAGAGAGACAGACAUUGGCUUGCAUGAGAUUCCGUGUCGUCAGCUGCACAUCUUCAUCUCCACCAUAGUAAAAACAACACUGGCCCCUGUGACAUCACAGAAGAGGAGGAGCUAUGAGGAGAGGCCCCGCCCCCCACGCGUGGUCUGUGGUCCUCUCAGAAGACUGUGGCAGCAGAGGAGGCAUCCACGGUCACCCCGUGGAGUGGAGCCGUCUCGGAGAGAACGUUCCGGAAAGUAUUUCUCCUGGUAGUCCCACUUGUCGUGCGUGUGUACCCUGAACUAAGUCCCUGCGGCAUCUCCAGCCUCCUGAGCACCACACCUGGACAUGUCUUCAGGACCUGGGGAUGUGUUUGGAAAUAAUGGAGGCCAAUUAGAUGUAUACACUUGUCAAGACAGAUUACAUGCCAACGCAAAUAUUGCUUGUAAUAUUUUAUUAUCUUUGCGUCAUUGGUUGGAGUGUUGUCAAUCAAAGAUAUAUUUUUAUUUAAUGCUUGUUUUUGGGUGUGUUUUAAUUUAAUUUUUUAAAUGAACAGCUUUAUUAUAUUUGUGGUAUGUGGUUCUUUGUGUGUUUCCUCUUCCAACAGCCCCCCAUGUAGCCCCGCUAGUACCCCUUCCCCCUGAACAGCAUGCCACGCUACACUGCUCAAUCCCUCACAGGUGACACGUCCCAAACUAGCAUCGUCAGUUCCAGUGACAGUUUGACUCCCUGUGUGGACAACCAGCCUUGGUUGACCCCGGAGACACAGACAGGCAGAUUGUCGUUGUGAAGCUUUUGCAGGCUGUGUGUUUAGGAGAAUUGUUCUGUUGAGGCGGAAUCCAGCAUGUUAAAAUGAUUUUUAUUCUUUGGUCAGUUAGAUCGUUUCCUUCUGAGUGUCGGUGUUUAACUAGUCAGCCUCUCUGAUUCAGCCUUAUGCAAGUGAGGUCACUGUAAUGUAAUUUCAUCUUUGUAGUGAUAGAGCACAAUAAAAAAAAAAGCAUUUAACUGACUUU